GGGCGGCGGCCCCGGCCCAGCGCAGGGGACGGGGGCCCUCUAGUGAGGAGCGGCCCCGGUUCCCCCGCCCGGUUCCCCCGCCCGGUUCCCCCCCCGCCCGGUUCCCCGCUCCCGGUUCUCCCCCGCCCGGCCCUUGGGGCCUUGCCCGGGUUCCCCCGCGGUGCGGUCCCGGCCACGCCCGCUCGGUGCUGUGCGGGGCGGCCAUGGCGGGGCUGGAGCCGCUGUACGCCUGGGCGCGGGCAGCCGUGUCCUGCCCGCAGGACGCGCUCCUCUGCGGUGUCCACUGGGAGCUGGUCCGGCAUGGCUACCGCUGCCUCGGAGCUGGCGACCAGCCAGGUCCUGAUGAAAGGAAGUCAGAGCUCCUGCCCGCCGGCUGGGAGGCCAACAAGGAGGUGUAUACACUGCGCUACAGGUCCACGGAUGAUGCCCGUGAGCUGCUGCUGAAGGCUGUUGUGGUGGAAGACAGCAUGAUCCUCAAUGUCAUGGAUCGCAGUUCUCAGAAGGUGGCAGAUGUGACCUUGGCAGUGGCUGACUACAUCAACCCGGAGCACCUGGACGAUUUCCACAAGGUGUACAAGAACACUGAGGAGCUGAGGACAAGGAUUGCUUCAGGCAUCAUUGCUCCCCUUGGAGCCCCUGCAGAAAAGGCCAAAAAGGAGCCUGAGGCUGAGAAGAAGGAUCCUGACUUGCUCCGGGAUCAUGACCCACUGAGGAUCCCUCCCUGGCAGCCAGCAGGCACGAGAGCACCAUCCUGGCCUUCCCCUCUGAGCCCCUUCGCUGUUGGUGGGCAAGACCUGGACCCUCUUGGAGGUCGGAGUGGGGGAAUGAUUGUGGAUCCUCUCCGGUCUGGCUUCCCACAGCCUGGCAUUGACCCAUCAGCAGGCAUUCCAGGCCGCCUUCCCCCAGGAGCAGUUCCCCCAGGUGCCAGAUUUGACCCCUUUGGUCCAUUAGGAGCUGGUAGAUCCGGGCCAGAUCCUGACCACCUUCCCCCUCCAGGCUAUGAUGACAUGUUCAUGUGAGGAGAACCCUCAUGGCUGCAGCCAGAGCUGUCUCCUGGGGAGCAGGGGCACUUCCCCCUCGUCACUCCCUGUUUGGUGGACUUCCAUCUUCCCAGCAGCGUUUUUCAUCUUCCCACUUGGGGCCACCUCCCUGUGUCAGAUGGGCUAUAAAGCUUUCCCUGUGUGCAGAACAGAAGCAGAGGCAGUAGGUCCUUUUCUUUCUGUGCUCCUCUGAGAGUGCCCAGCCAUUGGCACCCAUCUGAAGUGGUCCUGCCCUGCAGGAGGGGAGUGUCCUGGGGCUCCCAGUGUGGCCCUGGUGCUCUGGGGUUCCUUCUCUGGGGUGCUGUGGAGAAGGUGAUGAUUUCUCAGAGAUGAUUUCUCUUGCUCUUUAUCCAGCUGAAGGAUGAAGUAUGAAGGGGUGGAAAGACCAACCCAUGGGGUCUCUUUGGGCUGACCCCUGGCAGCAGCUGAGAUCAGCUUCUGCAUGACUGCACCCACUGGCUUGAAAGAGCAGCACCAGCAAAGCCUUUAACACAGAGAUAUAUAUUGAAUUCCUGGCCCUCCCCUUGCUCCCUCUUCCCCCCCUCAGCUGAUGCUUUCCAUCCCUGGGGUGCACAUAGAGGUCCCCAGGCACCAUGGUGAGUGCUGCCCACCAGGAGAGUGCUCGGUACCUGCUGGGCUCAACCUUGGCUCUCCAGGUUGUGGUGGAGCUGAACCUGGCACCAAGCUAGAACCCUCCUGGCAAUACACAGAGGGCUUGCUGGGCUGUGGGCUUUGUUUUGCAGAAGAGUAUAAAA